AUGGCGGCGGAGCCCGCGGCGGACGACCACGAUCCCCGGCCACCCCUGGCGGAUGGAGCCGCCGCUGCCGGCGGGGGCGACGCCUCCUCGUCCUCGGCGUCGGCGGCGGCGGAGGCGCUGAUGAACGCGGCGUCGGAGCAGCUAACGCUGGUGUACCAGGGCGACGUCUACAUCUUCGACCCCGUCCCGCCCCAAAAGGUUCAGGCUGUUCUUUUAGUACUUGGAGGGUACGAGGUUCCUCCUGGUUUGGUAAACAUGGCUGUUCCUACGGCAAAUGAUGAGAAGAAUACAACUGUGGCUGCUAGAAGGGUUGCUUCCUUAAUGAGAUUCCAUGAGAAGAGAAAGGAAAGAUGUUUCGAUAAAAGGAUUAGAUACAGUGUGCGCAAGGAGGUUGCCCAAAAGAUGAAACGGCGUAAAGGUCAAUUUGCUGGGAGAUCAGAUUUUGGUGAUGGUGCCUCUUCUUCUGCAGCUUGUGUCUCUCCAGCUAACGGCGAGGAUGAUCAUUUUCGAGAAACCCAUUGCCAAAAUUGUGGCAUCAGCUCAAGGCUUACUCCAGCAAUGCGUCGGGGCCCAGCUGGUCCAAGGUCCCUCUGCAACGCUUGCGGCUUAAUGUGGGCAAAUAAGGGUACUCUAAGAAGUCCUCUGAAUGCACCAAAAAUGACUCAGCAGCAUCUUGCCAAUCCAAGUAAAAUGGGAGAUAUUGAUGACAAAAACUCAAUUGUUCUUCCUGUGGAAUAUAAUCAAGCCACAGUCAAAACUGACUCGAUGAUGCCAAAACAGGAGCAGAAACUGGACAUACGCCCGCCCACCGAAGAAGAUAUCAAGGCAGUUUCAUGA